GGGGCCCGGACAGGCUGAGGUGCCUGUGGGACCCGGGGGUCUCUGUACGGGCUGGGAACCCCCGCCAUGGCCGGGGAACUCUCACUGCGGCCUGGACACCUGGUAUGGCCUGAGGACACCCUCCGUGGCUCAUGGCUCUCAGCCCUCAUCGUGGCUUGGUGACUCUCACCAUGGCUUCAGGACCCCAACCGUGCCCUGGGGGCCUCUGCCAUGGCCUAGAGACCUCCACUGUGUCGUGAAGAACCCCUUGCUCUGGGGCAGCUCAGGCUUUUGGGGCUAUCCCGCCAUGUGCGACAGCCAGCGGAUGCCCAGGAGGGCACAGGAGGUGCUCUGGGAGCUCUGCGUUUCUGGCAAUUUCCUGGCAGUGAGUCAUGGUGGUGUCAGUCUCAGCCACAGGAGCUGUGCAGGGCUGGAUGGCACUUUCAGGAAGUGAAACGGGUACCAGGAAAACACCCCAACAGCCCGAGUCCACGCAAGCCCGGCACGCACAUCCCCGGGCCUCCCAGCAUGGUGCAAUCUGGCACACCGGAUGGACAUGAGGAUGAGGAGUGCCCCUAAAAGCCAUGUCGUGAAGGCCAUGUCCCCAGGGUGGCAUGAGUGGGCACAAGAAACUGAGCGGACAGCAGGGUCCUGCACCCACUGGUGUUGGGGCAGUGGGGACAAGAGGGGUGACAGAGGGGGUACAGCUGGCCGUGGCACCAGGGGUCUGGGCAGUACGGGAGGAAGCUGUGGGGAAAUGGUGGAGUGGCAGCGCUUACAUCACCGGCCACUUCCGGGACACCCGCAACCACCGGCCCUGACGGUGAUGGGUGUCGUCACAGCUGGACUGGGGCUGGCAUUGGGACUGGGGUCGGAGCUGGCACUGAGUGAGUCCAGCUCCCUGCUGGACUCACUCAGUGCUGGACUUACUCAACCAAAUGGCAGAUUGGCACAUGGUCACAGGCCCCACACAUCAACACCAAACAGCCCCUCUGCCCUCUGCCCCACACACCAGCCCUGGAGCAUCUUUCUGCUCUGCCCCACAACCCAGCUCCGGAUCAUCCCCUGCUCUGACCCAUAUCUGGUCCUGGAGUAUCCCCUGUUCUGCUCCGUGCUCUCCUUCCCCACUGCACUGCUAGGGGGCAACCAACCCCCCACAGCCCUCCAGUCUCAACAAAGUAAUUGGGCAAAACCGGGUGUUGCGAAACCUGGAAAUCCCACUCUGACAGUGCUUCCUUCUAGAGGCUCUUGAAAACCAGCCACACCAACGCUGGACUCAGAGAGCAGCCGAGCAGCACUGCAGAGAGGAGCAGGCAAGCAAGUGCCGCAGAAGUUGCAGGUGCUGUAAAGUCUCUGCCCAGGACUCUGCAGUCAGUGGCGGCAAUGGCAUUCGUCCCUGAUUUGGACACACUGGAGAGCAGCAGCCUGAAUGAGGAGACGUUGUAUGGCCCCAGCUGCCUGUGCCCGCAGAAGGUAACGCUGUGGUGGUGGGAGUGGUGGGGUCCACGUCGUAUGGAAGCCAGGUUCUCACCCUACAUCCCCUUUCUUCCCCAGAAGCCCCGACUGGAAUUGGAGGGGACAUCACCUGGGGUGGGCAUCCAGGUGACGGUGACAAAAGGAUCCCUUUCCAGGACCUUUCGCCAGGCUGCCAUCCUGGUGGUUGCUGUCACCAAGCUCCUAAAGCAGCCGACACGCAAGGACUUCGCUGACAGUGACCUUGGCAGCUUCUUGGAUGAUAUUUUUGAGCCUGUCUCCUUCCAGUGCAUCAAGGACAGUUAUACCAGGGCACCCGUUUUCCGCUAUACUCGCUCCCAGUCCUUCGACAUCCUGGACAUUGACCACAAGUGCUUCGUACUGGAGUCACCCACCCAGCUGGUGGCCCUGCACCUGCAGGGACCCUCUGCUGGACAGAAAGUGAAGCUCAACAUUGCUCUGUACCGUCCCCGGUCAUCGCAGGGCGCUCCAGGGUCUGGGAGGGUGCCAGUGGCGUUGGGCAUCAAGGGCUACCAGCUCUACAUGUCAUGUGUGAUGAGUGGCACCAAGCCCGUGCUGCAGCUGGAGGAAGCUGACAUCAGGAGGGAUAUUGAGAGUGUGGAGCUGACCCGCUUCAUCUUUUACCGCCUGGACAGCCCAGCUGAGGGGACCACCCGCUUCGAGUCAGCCGCCUUCCCCGGCUGGUUCGUUUGCACGUCCCUGCAGCCCCGCCAGCCCGUCGGCAUCACCAACACCCCAGACCAGGUGAACAUUGCUACCUAUGAGCUGAGCGGGCGCUGAAGACCCUGCACCAACCCAACCGGCAGUCACCGGUUUUCAGGCUGUAUGUACUAAGUACAACCCCUGGGACACAACCCCCUUCCCCAUCUAUUUCAUGUGAAAUAGCAGCUCUGGGCCCCAUGGGCCUGAGCCAUACCAGUCUAUAUUUAUUUAUUGUGUCUGCCCAUUGCUUUGGUACUUAUUUGUUGUGCCCCCUUAUUUAUUUUUGCUUUUAACUUGUAUGUGGAUGGAGCUGGAAAUAAAAAGUUUUCUAGGAUGA